AUGGAGCUUGAAAUUGGGAAAAUUAGAAAAAUGAAUACCGCUUUUGUCCUGGAGGUUCUGCUGCCGGACAAGCAGGCCCAGUCGCCUGCUGGGUGUGAGCCAUGCGCCCCUUGGCUCCGACCUUUGUCCAGAGACCUGGGCAUGGCAGUGCUGAGUGGUGUUGACGGCCUCAGUGUUACUAUCUACACCUUGCUGACCACAGCCUACUCGCUGCCCCCCGUUCCAGGACUCCAGGAGCUGGGGGACCCUGAGCCCCACCGGGGUCCUUCUAUUUUUGGCUGCCCUAGAGAGUAUCUCUUUAAAUUUGUCUUUUUUUGUUGUUGUUGUUCCCUCAAGUUUUUGAGAGUUGACCAAGAUAAGGACAAGGAUUGCAGCUUGGAUUGUGUGGGAUCUCCUCAAAAACCUCUCUGUGCCUCUGACGGAAGGACCUUCUUGUCCCGCUGUGAGUUCCAACGUGCCAAAUGCAAAGACCCCCAGUUAGAGAUCGCUUAUCGAGGAAACUGCAAGGAUGUGUCCAGGUGUGUGGCCGAGAGGAAGUACACCCAGGAGCAAGCCCGGAAGGAGCUCCAGCAGGUGUUCAUCCCCGACUGCAAUGAUGACGGCACCUACAGCCAGGUCCAAUGUCACAGCUACACGGGAUACUGCUGGUGCGUCACGCCCAACGGGAGGCCCAUCAGCGGCACGGCCGUGGCCCACAAGACGCCCAGGUGCCCCGGUUCUGUAAAUGAGAAGUUGCCCCAACGAGAAGGCACGGCAAGAACAGAUGACGCGGCCGCUCCUGUGCUGGAGACUCAGCCCCAAGGAGAUGAAGAAGAUAUUGCGUCACGUUACCCCACACUUUGGACUGAGCAAGUGAAAAGUCGGCAGAACAAGACCAACAAGAAUUCAGCAUCGUCAUGUGACCAGGAGCACCAGUCAGCCCUGGAAGAGGCCAAGCAGCCAAAGAACGACAACGUGGUGAUCCCGGAGUGUGCGCACGGUGGUCUGUACAAGCCCGUGCAGUGCCACCCCUCCACUGGGUACUGCUGGUGCGUGCUGGUGGACACAGGCCGCCCGAUUCCCGGCACGUCUACAAGGUACGAGCAGCCGAAGUGUGACAGCACAGCCAGGGCCCAGCCGACCAAAGCCCGGGACCUGUACAAGGGCCGCCAGCUCCAAGGCUGUCCCGGGGCCAAAAAGAAUGAGUUUCUCACCAGCAUCCUGGAUGCGCUGUCCACCGACAUGGUCCAUGCUGUUUCCGACCCGUCUUCUUCCUCCAGCAGGCUUUCAGAGCCCGACCCCAGCCACACCCUAGAGGAGCGAGUGGUCCACUGGUACUUCAAAGUCCUCGAUAAAAAUGCCAGCGGUGACAUCGGCAAGAAGGAAAUCAAGCCCUUCAAGAGGUUCCUUCGGAAAAAAUCGAAACCCAAAAAAUGCGUGAAGAAAUUUGUUGAGUAUUGCGACGUGAAUAACGACAAGUCCAUAUCGGUUCAAGAGUUAAUGGGGUGCCUGGGGGUCACCAAGGAAGAAGCCAAAGGGAACACCAAGAAACGUCACACUCUUAGAGGAAAUACUGAAAGCAGUGCUAAUCGACAGGCAAAGAGGAUUCAGGCGGAUGUGGAUUUGGAGCGUGUGUGCGCGUGA